UCUUCAUUGCUUAACAGAUCAGACUAGUCCAUUUGAUUUAUAGCUACAUUGUAGUUUCUCUGCUCACUUUUCUGGAUUUUUAUAUCGUACUGUUACACAUUAAUAUGGUUCUUAAAUCUCUUGUCAGGACCUGGUUACGAACCCGGGUCUCCAGAGUGAGAAACAGUCACUUAACCAACUGAGCCACGAAUAGUUGGCAGAACCCAGAAGAUGAGGCAGACACAGCAGUACUUGAGACGGUGUAUUUAAUGAAGUAAAAAGUGAAGUUCUUCAGGAAAACAUGUAACUCCACAACCUCAAAAGGAAUUCCACAAGAACAAAGGUAAUCCUCCAAGACAAAAAGGUAAAUCCACAAGGUGGAAAGUAUAGCACAAAAAGCCUCAAAAAGAUACUCAAAAACAAACAAACAAGAACAAAAAAACAGAAUUCCACAAGAGAGUCCACCGGGAUCAACAAGAGUUCACAGAGUACUAGGGCUGGGUGCUAACAUACAAACACAGAGCAAAGGACUGAGGAAAACAAAGGGUUUAAAUACAAUCAGGGGAAACGAGGCACAGGUGCAAAUAAUAAUGGGGAUCAAGGGAAAACAAAAGGUCAAAAGGCACAAUGGGGGCAUCUAGUGACCAAAAACCGGAACAACUCUGGCCAAAUCCUGACAUCUCUUUUUUUGUGAUCUUUCUAACCACCAAUGUAACAUUGUAGUCAGAUAUGCCAGUUGAGGAUGAAGAGUCAACAGCACACCUCCAGAUAUCUGCUGCUCCAUGUGUGGUGCGGGUUUCUCACAGUCGCAAUGGGGAUUAUGGUCGCAGUUCUCACAACAGUGCAAAUAAACUCACCUGACAAGAGUAAUUUACCUGAAUCAAAGGAGGAAAACCAGCACCCUCCAAACGGCAGUUUUCUGGCUCAAUUGACUUCAUCAAAGGCUCCCCGUCCCUCCUAUAUCCAGCUGACCAUGGGAACAUUAUCUUGGGAAAAUGACCAUGAUGCCCCCGUCUGUGGCUCUUGCUCCCUCGUCCUCCGCGACAACUCUGUCUACAUCAGAUCUGAAGGCUUCUACUACUUCUAUGUCCAGGUCACCUUCACUAGGCACACCGGGGGAGAGGAGAAGAGGAAGGUGACUCUGUUCAAAAAUGGCAUUCGACAUAAGACCCAGCAAAGGAGACUGAGUGAAGCCGUGUAUCACGGAGAGAAAGAGGGCACUGUAUUCAUGUCCAGGAUGGUUAAGCUCCAACAAGGUAACAGUCUCAGCCUUGAGAUAACAUCCAAGAAUAAUACUUUUAGGUAUGGGGGAGAGAAUACCUAUUGGGGUGCUUAUCAGCUCCCCCCAUAUUGAGCCAACAGACAUUGUUAUUGAGACUUAGUUCAAGAUUGAACCAAAGAAGCUGUUAAAACAUUGUUUGUUUUUUUAAAGUGUGCGUUAGUUACUAAACUGAAUUUAUUUUGUGAAAACUGUAACUGUUUAGCAUAUGCAUUGUUUGUUUCGCUGAACAGAUUUGAUUAUAUAAUGAGGUAACAGAAUACAUCUUCAAACUAUG